UGGGAGAACCGGCUGGAUGCUGCCCCUCCCCUUGGGCGUGGAGGUAGGCACCUGGCGGGCUCCCUGCGUGGCAGACGCCACCGCCGCGCACACCUGCUCCCUGUGCCAUCCGCUCCCAGCGCGUCCUCCUCUCCCCACCCUCGCCCUCCUGCCAUGGAUGAGCCUGCUGAGCCCGGGAACCAGUCUGCGUGGGACCCCUAUGAGAAAAACAUCUCGGAAAUCAGCCAGAAUUUGUCAGGCGAAUACUUCAGGUAUAAAGGCAUCCUCUUCCCCGUCGGCAUCUACUCACCUGAGAGCAUCAGCAUCGCAGAGAACUCGGAAGUGCAGGACGAUGACAUCUUCAUCAUCACCUACCCCAAGUCAGGCACAAACUGGAUGAUUGAGAUCCUCAGCUUAAUCGUAAAGGACGGGGACCCCUCCUGGAUCCGCUCAGUGCCCAUUUGGAAGCGGUCGCCCUGGUGUGAGGCCAUCAUGGGUGCCUUCAGCCUCCCCGACCAGCCCAGCCCUCGCCUCAUGAGUUCCCACCUCCCCAUCCAGCUCUUCACCAAGGCCUUCUUCAACUCCAAGGCCAAGGUGAUCUACAUGGGCCGGAACCCCCGGGACGUGGUGGUCUCGCUCUAUCACUACUCCAAGAUCGCCAGGCAGUUGAAGGACCCUGGCACGCCUGACCAGUUCCUGAAGAACUUCCUCAAAGGCGAAGUGCAGUUCGGCUCCUGGUUCGACCACAUUAAGGGCUGGAUUCGGAUGCAGGGCAAAGAGAACUUCUUGUUUAUCACCUACGAGGAGCUGCAGCAGGAUCUCCACAGUUCCGUGCAGCGCAUCUGCCAGUUCCUGGGCCGGCCGCUGGGCGAGGAGGCGCUGGAGUCCGUCGUGGCGCACUCGGCCUUCAAAGCCAUGAAGGCCAACACCAUGUCCAACUUCUCCCUGCUGCCCCCCAGCCUGCUGGACCAGCGCCACGGUGCCUUCCUCCGGAAAGGGAUCUGCGGUGACUGGAAGAACCAUUUCACGGUGGCGCAGAGCGAAGCCUUCGACCGAGUCUACCGCGAGCGGAUGCGGGGGCUGCCGACCUUCCCCUGGGACGUGGACCACGAGGACGCCGGUCCGGACCCAGACCCCAGUCCCGACCCGAGUGCCAGCCCAGACCAGGCCUCCGAGCCACCCCACCCGUGACCCUGAGA